CAGCAGCUGGAGCAGGCGUCGGCGGGCGGAUGGCUGUGUGCUGCUCGCUCCAUGUGAGCAGAGCGGCGCUGAGGGGAUGGCUGCCUGCGGCGCGGAGGGGCGCUGCCAGCCGCCCCUGCAGGAGCAGCAGCCAAGGCCGUCCCGUGGGGAGAACCUACGGGGCGCGGCAGACAACUUCUCCCUCCUUUGGGUUCCUCUUUGAUAUUGAUGGAGUCCUUUUACGGGGCCGGCUAGUCAUUCCUGCUGCUAAGAAGGCCUUCCAGAAACUAACAGAUUCAAAAGGUCGGUUCCAUGUGCCGGUUGCAUUUGUAACCAAUGCUGGAAACUGCUCUCGCAACAGCAAGGCUGAGGAACUGUCUGAUGCACUUGGAUUUAAGGUUUCUCCCGAAUGGGUGAUCCUGUCCCACAGUCCUCUGCGUCUUUUCGAUCAAUUCCAUGACAAAUGUGUGCUUGUGUGUGGUCAGGGUCCUGUGGAGGAAAAUGCCAGGGACCUGGGAUUCCAUCAUGUUGUUACCAUUGAAGAUGUGAGGAAGGCAUUUCCCUUGCUGGAUAUGGUUGAUCAAAGUCGGAGGCCAAAAGAGCUGCCUCCUCCACCUGCUGACUUCCCCACCAUAGAAGCUGUGAUUCUAUUUGGGGAGCCAGUCAGAUGGGAGACCUGCCUGCAACUGAUCAUUGAUGUACUCCUGAGCAAUGGGAACCUAGGAGUAGAGCUGACUUCUGCGCCAUACCCACAUCUACCUAUCCUCGCCUGCAACAUGGAUCUUUUGUGGAUGGCAGAAGCCAAGAUGCCAAGAUUUGGCCAUGGCACCUUUCUUGUGUGCUUGGAGAACAUCUACAAGAAAAUGACUGGCAAGGAACUGAAGUAUGAGGCCUUGAUAGGCAAGCCCAGCACUGUCACCUACCGCUAUGCUGAACAUGUGAUCAAGCAGCAGAUGGAGAGUUGGGGCUGGACAUCCCCUCUCCGCCAGCUGUAUGCUAUUGGAGACAACCCAAUGGCUGACAUUUAUGGUGCAAACCUCUAUAACCGUUACCUCCAGGCUCAGGCUGAAGUAAGUGUCACUGCAAUGGCACCAGAAAGUGAGGAACAUGUUGAGAAGCAAAGAGAUCAGAGUGUGUCCAUCACCUCUGCAAAGAACUGCCAGUCCAUACUUGUCUGCACUGGGGUCUACAAUCCCCAGGGAGAUGUGCCUGCUGACCACAAUGAGAACAUGUUGGAGACUGUAUUCCAUGGGCACCGGGACUUCCAUUUUGAUCCAACCUUGGUGGAGGCCUCUCACGUUGUGCAUGAUGUGAAUGAUGCUGUGGAGCUUGUCUUUCAGAAGGAGAACUGGAAACUGGAAUAAGUCCAGUGUUGCCAGCAUCUCACCUGGGGGCAGGAGGUCAGAGGCAGAUCUGAGCACUGUCUUGUUCAACCCAUGCCAAAGUAAAGGAAUGUUCUCCCAACUUUUUUUUUGGUAGGGAUUGCACCAUUCUCCCAAAUCUUUGUCGAUAUGGGCCUCUAGCACAUUUGCCAACUUGAAAUUCUGCAUUGUUGCUAAAAUGAGCGUGGCCAUAGAGCAGUCUUUGCCAACCAGGGUGCCACCCAGAUGUUUUGAUACAACAGUUUCCAUCACUGCUGACCGUUGGCUGUGCUGGCUGGGGCUGAUGGAAGUUGUAGUCUAAAACAUCUGGAGAGGACAGGUUGGGAAAAGCUGCCAUGGAGAAGGCUGAAAGGGUCACUAACUUGCCCCACCCGUUUCACAUCUGUGCAGCUUCCAUGCUCUUUCCAAAUCUACAACUACUGUGUAAUCCCAAUUUUGUGGUGAAAUGGGCUCCUCUGCCAAAGGCCAGUGUGUUUUAAAUCUCUCCACCCAAUCCUAUCUAAAUAAUUGUGACCCAGCAUCAUGAGGUCUGCUACAGUUUUUGGCUCUUGCUUCUGUUCCAGAUGCGCCUGAAGGUGGUUGAAAAGUUCAAAAUAUUAAACCUGUGAUGGCAUAUCAUAUGCCAUAGUUGAUUUAUGGCACAUGAUAUGCCUGGAGGAACAGACCCUCUUGCCAGAGCAGGAAUGCUGCUUUGUUAAAUACAAAAUAGAAGCAGGAUAGUUGCAGUAAUGACUAAAUCUCAACUCUCCUGGCUAUUUCACAACUUCUUUGACUAGUUGUCCCUGAAAUAUAAAUAUUUACUAAGGUACUACCCCUUUUAUUAUUCCUGUGAGUGUUCCAUGCCUUUGGUAGGCAGAGUUCUGACUGCAAACAAUGGUCCUUGACCUGAACCAGAAUGGACUGUGGUGUGCAGAGUUUGGAAUACCAUAUAAUGAAAAUUAGAGAAGAGAAGGGGUGGGGGAGUUUUACCUAGUUGUAAAAGAAAUGGCUUUAGCCUUCAAACUGUCACGGGCAAGACUGUGAUUUGUGUGUUGUUGCUGUAUUUCCCUCUACCACCUUCUCACAGAAAUAGCAAUCUUGAUCCUUUCCAAACAGAUCUUUCCCUUGCAUUAAAUUCAUAUGGUGUUUUAGCACCCUGCCCCAGGGCUGUUCGUUGCUUAGAACUUAUUAGCCUGUGUCCAGACAGGCAUGUGACCUUGCCUGUAUAUUGUUGCAGAGAUGUGCAUGCUUCAGCAGAAGAUGCUUGUGCAGAAGCAUGUUUCUCUGUGUACAGCUGGGCUGAGGAACCUGUGGCCUGCCAGUUGUUUACAUCAACAUCCAUCAGCUCUACCCAUGCUGGCUAGGGCUCAUGGGAGUCCAAAAGUACCUGGAGGGCUGCAAAUUCCCCAGAGUUUUGGACCUGUGCUAUGUAUGUCUCCAAACCUCUUUAAUGCAGAAUUUUCAGGCCACCCUUUGUGUAAGCUGCAUCCUGGAAACAUCCCCAUGUCCCAUGUGCAAAUGCAGAAGAGGCAAUCGUAGAUUUUUGUACCACUGUAAUUGGUGAUGUUAGUGGGUAAAAAGCAAGUUGGUCCUGUUCCUCUUAUGAAUCUGGACACGCUCUAAGUUCCCUUUUUCUGUAGGACAGAUUACUACUACUUUGUAGUGUGAGCAAUAACCUUAUUUUCUUAUAUUAAUAUAAUUGUUUGCUUGGUUUUUACAUAACUUUGUUAUGAUGAUGCAGGGGUAGGGCUCCAAAUCCUGCUUCUUCUAAACUACUUUCCAGUUGAACCAUUUGUGUUUUCUGGAGAUUGGUUGGCUUUAGCACUUGAAUGGUUUACAUUUUAAGGGGAAAAUGUCAGUCUCAAAUCCUUUCUUGCCAACUGCAGUGAAGCCAAACAGUUGGCUCUGUUGACUGUACUUCCUUUUCAGUGAAUUACCUAGUAUCUUUUUAAAAAUAAAAAAUCAUUACCUUUUUUUAUUAAAAAAUGGAUUUGUAUAACAAAAUGCAAAUGCUAAAAUAAAUAAUAAUUAAGACAUGCCUUGUAUUAAAUACAAAAAUGACAUCCAAAUAAAAUAUAUAACAAACAAGUGUGAACAAAUUUAGGAGUAGACAAAGUGAAACCCAGUGUCCUGUAUUUAGGAAGUACCAGCUUCUAAUUAAGUUUAUACUAUGGCAAUCUUCAAGAGAAUAUAGUUUUCUUCUUUUAAAAUGCUCCGAGUUUUACAAAAAUCUUCAUCGUUUUAAUUAUAUCCUCUCUUCUUCCUCCUCCUUCAGCAGCCCAUGGUCUGCCCCCUUUUAUCCUUGCAACAUCACUGUGAGGUAGGCAAGGAUGAGAGAUGGUAACUGGCUCAAGGUCAGUCAGUAACCUUUAUGUAACUGAUUCUUUUAGAUCUGUCAGCAGCCUUCGAUAUGGUCGAUCAUGAACUUUUAGACCACCGCCUUGCCGACGUGGGGAUUCAGGGCACAGUCCAACAAUGGCUGCGUUCCUUUAUCUCAGGUCGGGGACAGAGGGUGGCGCUAGGAAGGGAGUUGUCGCCGCGACACCCCUUGGUGUGUGGAGUUCCGCAAGGCGCAAUCCUUUCCCCAAUGCUUUUUAAUAUCUUUAUGCGCCCCCUUGCCCAGAUUGUCCGGAGUUUUGGGCUGGGUUGUCAUCAAUAUGCUGACGACACCCAGAUCUAUCUGUUGAUGGACGGCUGCCCUGCCUCGGCCCCGGACACACUCACCAGGUGCUUGGAAGCUGUGGCUGGAUGGCUACGUGGGAGCCGACUGAAGCUAAAUCCUUCGAAGACAGAGGUCCUCUGGCUGGGUCGGGACGACAUGGGGUUGGGGGGCCAACUCCCAUCUCUUGCAGGGGCUCAAUUGGUGCCAGCGCCUUCUGUCAAGAGUUUGGGUGUAACCUUUGACGCCUCCCUUUCCAUGGAGGUGCAGGUUGCAUCCACAGCAAAGGUGGCAUUUUUCCAUCUCCGCCGUAUCAAGCAGUUGGUCCCUUACCUCUCUCCUCGUGAUCUGGCCACAGUGAUCGAUGCGACGAUAACCUCCAGGCUUGACUAUUGUAACUCGCUCUAUGCGGGGCUGCCCUUAAAGUUGACCCAGAAACUCCAGCGGGUGCAGAAUGCCGCGGUGAGGCUCCUUACAGGGUCCCGACCGCGGGAUCACAUUCAUCCAGUGCUUUACCAGCUGCACUGGCUCCCGGUGGAGUACAGGAUCAGGUUUAAGGUGCUGGUUUUGACCUUUAAAGCCCUAUGCGGCUUGGGACCCUCGUACCUACGGGACCGCCUCUCCUGGUAUGCCCCGCAGAGGACCUUAAAGUCCACAAACAACAAUAUUCUGGAGAUCCCGAGCCAUAAGAUGGCUAGAUUGGCCUCUACUAGAGCCAGGGCCUUUUCAGUACUGGCCCCAACUUAGUG